UGUAUCCCGAUGAAUGUGAGCGUUGUUUGAAUUAGAAGAUAAAAUUUACACAUGUUCCAAUGGGGAAUAUAUUAACUGAUUUAUUAUUAUUAUUGUACCAUAUCCGGCUAAAAAAAUUUUAUUAUGGAUUCUUCUUUUCAUGAUAAUGAUGACCUAACCGAACCCAUCACUUAUAUCUGCGGAGAAUGUGGCCAUGAUGUAUCUUUGCAGCCGAGUUCUGUUGUUAGAUGUAGAAAUUGCGGAUCCAGAAUACUAUACAAAAAAAGAUCUUACAGAGUUGUGCAAUACGAGGCUCGUUGA